AUGAGUACUCCAUUCGGUUUAGAUUUAGGUAACAACAACUCUGUCUUGGCUGUUGCUAGAAACAGAGGUAUUGACAUUGUCGUUAACGAAGUCUCCAACCGUUCUACCCCAUCUGUUGUUGGUUUCGGUCCAAAGAACAGAUACUUGGGUGAAACUGGUAAGAACAAACAGACUUCCAAUAUCAAGAACACUGUCGCCAAUUUGAAAAGAAUUAUUGGUUUGGAUUACAACCAUCCAGAUUUCGACCAAGAAUCUAAGCAUUUCACCUCUAAGUUGGUUGAAUUAGACGACAAGAAGACUGGUGCUGAAGUCAGAUUUGCUGGUGAAAAACAUGUUUUUUCCGCUACUCAAUUAGCUGCCAUGUUCAUCGACAAAGUCAAGGACACCGUCAAGCAAGAUACUAAAGCCAAUAUCACCGAUGUUUGUAUCGCCGUCUCACCUUGGUACACCGAAGAACAACGUUACAACAUUGCUGAUGCUGCUAGAAUUGCCGGUUUGAAUCCUGUUAGAAUCGUCAACGACGUUACUGCUGCCGGUGUUUCUUAUGGUAUUUUUAAGACUGAUUUGCCUGAAGGUGAAGAAAAGCCAAGAAUUGUUGCUUUCGUUGAUAUUGGUCACUCUUCUUACACAUGUUCUAUCAUGGCUUUCAAGAAGGGUCAAUUGAAGGUCUUAGGUACUGCAUGUGACAAGCAUUUCGGUGGUAGAGACUUCGAUUUGGCUAUUACCGAACACUUCGCUGAUGAGUUCAAGACUAAGUACAAGAUUGACAUAAGAGAAAAUCCAAAGGCCUACAACAGAAUUUUGACUGCUGCUGAAAAGUUGAAGAAAGUUUUGUCCGCUAAUACCAAUGCACCAUUCUCUGUUGAAUCCGUCAUGAACGAUGUUGAUGUUUCCUCCCAAUUAUCCCGUGAGGAAUUGGAAGAAUUGGUUAAGCCAUUGUUGGAGCGCGUUACUGAACCAGUUACUAAAGCUCUUGCUCAAGCCAAAUUAACUGCUGAUGAAGUCGAUUUUGUCGAAAUUAUUGGUGGUACUACUCGUAUCCCAACUUUGAAGCAAUCUAUUUCUGAAGCUUUCGGCAAGCCAUUGUCUACCACUUUGAAUCAAGAUGAAGCCAUUGCUAAGGGUGCCGCCUUCAUUUGUGCCAUCCACUCUCCAACUCUAAGAGUUAGACCAUUCAAGUUUGAGGAUAUCCAUCCUUACUCUGUUUCUUACUCUUGGGAUAAACAAGUUGAGGACGAAGACCACAUGGAAGUCUUCCCAGCAGGCUCAACCUUCCCAUCUACCAAAUUGAUUACUUUGAACCGUACUGGUGACUUUUCAAUGGCUGCUAGCUAUACCGACAUCACACAGUUACCACCAAACACUCAAGAACACAUCGCCAACUGGGAAAUCACUGGUGUUCAAUUACCAGAAGGCCAAGACUCUGUUCCUGUUAAGUUAAAGUUGAGAUGCGACCCAUCUGGUCUACACACAAUUGAAGAGGCCUACACCAUCGAAGAUAUUGAAGUUGAAGAACCUAUUCCAUUACCAGAAGAUGCUCCAGAAGAUGCUGAACAAGAAUUUAAGAAGGUCACUAAGACUGUAAAAAAGGAUGACUUGACCAUCGUUGCACACACCUUUGCCCUAGACGCCAAAAAGUUGAAUGAAUUAAUUGAAAAAGAAAAUGAAAUGCUUGCCCAAGAUAAGCUAGUUGCUGAGACUGAAGACCGUAAGAACACUCUUGAAGAGUAUAUUUACACAUUACGUGGUAAGUUGGAAGAGGAGUAUGCUCCAUUUGCUUCCGAUGCUGAAAAGACCAAAUUGCAAGGUAUGUUAAACAAAGCUGAAGAGUGGUUAUAUGACGAAGGUUUCGAUUCCAUUAAAGCUAAGUACAUUGCCAAAUACGAAGAAUUGGCUUCUCUAGGUAACAUUAUUAGAGGUAGAUACUUGGCCAAGGAGGAAGAAAAGAAGCAAGCUAUAAGAUCUAAGCAAGAAGCUUCCCAAAUGGCUGCUAUGGCUGAAAAGUUGGCUGCUCAAAGGAAGGCAGAAGCUGAAAAGAAGGAGGAAAAGAAGGAUACCGAAGGUGAUGUCGACAUGGACUAA